AAAUAUAAAGAAAGUGAGUGGUGCAAGAGGGAGAUUUGAAUACUGUUGAGACGUGCUGGUACCUGCGCAUGGAGUGUGAUGAUAUCGGAACCGGUGGUGACGCCAGACGCGCUCAAGGAUGCUAUAACGUCGUCUCCACGCCACGUUUCGAAGGGAGGUCCUAUGGAUAACAUCUAUAAAAGCUACGUUUUUCUCAUCCAGUCAGGCUUUGGAUACUAUUAUACAUGGAGUCCGUUUUACAAUCCCGGGGGAGACGAGUCAGGACGGCCACCCGAAGAGGGCCCUCUCGGCGGAGGCUUUCACUACGGAGAACAGCUCGUCCCUGUAGAGUCUCCGUCUUCUUCAAAGAUACCUCCAACGACCAGCCGCGAAAUACCACUACCUCAAGCGACGUCGACGCCAAAACAUAAUUCCAUUCCACCGCCCACGACGAGAAGCCGCCAUAAAUCUUCAGGCGCUCAAGACCUGAUCGCCUCCACCACACAACCGAAUAUUAAAAAAAUCCACGUAGUUCGAAGUCCGUACGUAGACUUGCCGCCAGUACGGGCCAUGCGAGAAUUGGCGUCGUUAUCAACCCCGGGGUGUCUUAGUAGCAUUAGAAGUUUGGGAACAGCUGAAGAUCCCAUAGCUCUGUGGCUGAAGUUGGGUGCAUUGGACAAACUGGAACAAGCACUUCUUGAUGGCUACUGGGAACAGCUUGUCGGCAAAACGUCCAGGAUUCCGCAGGUGUCACGCUUCCUCCGUCAAGUGCCAGCAGUUCAGGCCCGGAUCGAAGAGAUCCACGAAGCGGUUGUAGCUGGAAGACUCGACCUCGUUCGAAGAUUGAUCGAACACAAAAAGUUUGCAUAUAGCCGUGAUCCUCAGGGAGCAACGCCGCUGCAUAAAGCUGUCCUCUACCAGCACCCCGAUAUUAUUUCCUUCUUCCUCGAACACUAUCCAAGCACACUACACGCCCGAGAUCACCAAGGACGGACUCCGCUCCAUUACGCAGCUGUGCUCGAGAAAGAUCCGGAAAUCUACGACGCGUUACUCGAACAUGGGGCCGAUGAGAACGCCACCGACGUGUACGGUCACACUCCGACGUACUAUCUGGAAUCCGAUGAACUUACUGUAGAUCAGCUUCAAGAGGGCAUGCACCGAUCUGCCAGGUGUCGCGAAGGGACGCUGCACAAGGCGUCCCGCAUCAAGCAUCGAGAAAAUUUUGCCAUAAAUAGAAGUUUUUCGGCCAAGCGGGCGGGUAAUCGAAGCCAAGUUCGUGAAAUGAUUCGUCAUGGAAAUCUAGAAGUUUUGGAAGAGCUCGUACUUCACGGCCACGGUGAUAAGUUACUGGGAGAGACUUCAUCCGAUCCUGUGGUUCAAGAGUUUCUUGAUACAGUUCCUGGUUACAUGGAGCAAAUUAACGACGUGCACCGAGCAGUCGUUCGGGGACGGCUGCGCGAGGUGCAGACAUUAAUCAGUCACAAAUCGCUCUCGCUAGCCCGAGAUGCGAUGGGACUGACCCCACUUCACAAGGCCGUUUUGUUCGGACAUUACGACAUUGCCGAGCACAUGGCCUUAAAUUUUCCUGCGUCGAUGGCCGCUAAGAGCCUCGAUGGUCGCACAGCAUUGCAUUUAGCCGCUGGCCUACGCGACGGACAAAAGAUCUACGAUAUGCUGAUCUUCGCCGGCGCACCUGCCAAUAUACUGGAUUCGAAGGGGAAGAAUGCAGAACAGUACCUGAAUCAUCCCGAAUUAUUGGACCUAGAGCAAACGAUCAGGAAGAAUCAGCUCGCCAACGCGACGUACCUCGGCAAUACUAUUUCGAAGCUUAAGUUCCUUGCACCUAACGUUACGAAGACCCAGAGCGUUCUUCACGACCGUCUACUGUUCAGUAGCAAUUUACCGAAUUUCAAACAACCCUUUGGCGGAUCUGAGAAUUCAGACGCCACUCCGGUGACGCCGCCCAGUCCACCUACAGAAGACGAGCUCAACAACAAUACAACUAGCAACUUGUGUCUGGGAUAUCUAAAAAGUAUGCCGCCACAGCCCCCAGCUGCGUACAGGAGGUUCUCCAGAGGUCGCCUUCCCCCUGUAGAGAUACAAGGCGAAAUGGUCACUGCUGAAAAGCUUCGUGAAUGGAUUGAGGAUCAAAACGUGGAAAAACUUCAUGAAACCGUAAUGAGUGGGGUGGCUGACCAGCUAGGUAAAGACCACCCCCGGGACGAGGUAAUCCAGGCAUAUCUGCGCCAUGACGUGCCUAAUCUCAUGAGGAAGUUUGAAGCAAUACAUCGAGCGCUGCAAGAAGGCAACGUUCCCGAAUUGGAGUCACAACUCGAGUCUCAAGACUUCGCACUAGCUCGAGACCACUUUGGAAUGACGCCUUUACACCGAGCCGUUAUUCUUAACAAUGUCACCUCCGUCAAAUUUCUCGUUAACAGAUUCCCAGAGACUAUCAACGCGCGUGAUCGGGAAGGCCGCACCGCGUUGCACUUUGCAGCAGCAAUAUCUCGUAGGACCGGUAAAAAUGGAAUGUUCAGAUAUCUUCUUCAAAAUGGUGCCGAUAAUCGUAUUAAGGAUAACCGCGGCCGCCCUGCUGAAUACUACAAGAGCCAUCACCUACCGAUUCCAUCGGAAACCGCCCUUCUCGGAUCGAGACGAAAGCUCAGGAGCAAAUCAGAACCUCCCGUGCGAAACGGCUUUAGAAGUCAGUCUCUCCUGGCUAACCAGAUUUCGGAGAGGAUCACGACGGCCCUACAGAAAGGAAGCGUCCCAUUGGCCCAGGAAUUAGUCAUAGAGGGCUAUGGGAAACAUCUUGUCGGUAGAACAAGCUGGAACGAGGAAUUGCGACACUAUCUCAGACAAAUUCCUACACAACUCGUAAGCAUCGAGAACCUCCACCGGGCAGCCAGUACUGGCGAUGUCCAGAUGUUAGCAAUUAUUUCGAAUCGAGACGACGCGCUGCUGCGAGCCCGAGACGAGAAUGGUUAUCAGGCGAUUCAUAUAGCAACAAUAAACAGGCAACCCGAAGUCAUUGAAUACAUAGCGAAAAACUACACGCAGUACCUAACAUCAAAAACACCGAAUGGACAACAACCUUUACAUUUAGCAGCUUUGCAGAAAGAUGCCGAAAUUUAUCGUCUCCUAGUCAACUAUGGCGCCGAUGUGCGCGCGCUAGAUUCGCGCGGACGAACUGCCGAGUUCUAUAUGCGAAGUCUGGGCGCUCCGAAGAAGCUAGCGACAAACCCCGAACGCUUCUAUGAGGACUACUCGCGUCGAACCGGAGCCGCUCCGCUGCCUGCUUUAGGGAGUGCCUUUUCCCGAAAGUCGAUGCCCGACGUCAAUCAUGUGAGUCGGGACGUACGUACUCGAACGAACAGCGAAUCCAGUGUCAUUAGCGACCAGGACGAUCACCAUCGGUUAAAUGAACUUAUUGACUACUGGAUUAAGGAAGAGGACCUCCUACGAUUGGAACAUGUAGUAAUUGCUGGACAAGGAGAACGGCUUAUAGGGAAGACCUCAAGUAACCCCCAAGUGCAGGAAUUUCUCAGCCUUGUUCCAACCUAUAUGGACAAAAUCCAGCAGGUACACCAAGCGGUGAUUAAGGGCGACGUACACGAAGUUAAAGAGUUGUUGACUAGGAAAAGAUUCGCCCUUAGUCGGGACGUGAACGGGGCUAGUCCGCUGCAUUUAUCUAUUCUCUACGGCCAUCCCGAUGUGCUCAAAUACAUCGUUGAGUUCUUUCCAGAAACGUUGGAUGGACCCGAUAACGAGGGUCGUACUCCACUUCACUACGCCGCAGUAGCACCAGUCAUCGAUGUGGACUAUUAUCAGAUUCUUCGAAAUGCUGGAGCAGAUAUAAACAUUAAAGACAAGAACGGAAAUUCAGCGGAUUUUUACCGUACCCAUCCGGACGCGCUAACAAUCGAGGAUAUCUUCCGCAAUUACGAACAUACGCCCGGCCACGACGAUUCUGGCAUUGACUCAGACCGAAUAAACAAAGACCGAUCGCCUAGCGCGACAUCAGGAACAGCUACUAUGAGCGACGUUAAACAGGAAGUUCGGGACACCGUGUCCAAUAUGAUUAAACAACUGAACUCGGACGAGCGCGGUUUCGUGGAGCGUAGCGGAGUUGAGGCCGUCCUGGUAGAUGCUUUGAUCGUUGUCUGCGCUAAGAGGCCAACCACGCCCGUUUCCUUCCUAGGAGACUACCUUCUCUGUAUAAGUGCUGCAAACAAACAGCCUAAUACCCAAACAGUUCCUACACCUGGACCUGACGAGGCUACUCAAAUGAUUAUUAACGCAUCGGUCGCACAUGGGAAACCGGCAGCUAAAAUGGAAACGUUUAGAGCAGAGCCUAAGCCAUCGCCGGCUGUAUCGUCGCAAUCCCGAGCACCAGAGGUACUUCUAGAUCAGCGAAUAGUCACGACGCCACUUUCUGCCUGUCAUUUAUCCGUCGUACAAAUGGAUCCGCCUUCGAUCUUAGCAGAGGUUUCGAAGACGUCUAUGCCAUCUGCGAUGCUUACACUGCCGUCAUCAGUAGUUUCAACUGUUAGUGCAGCGCCCGUCGUUCUGACUGGCAUGCCAACUCCUUUGACGGCCUCUUCUUCCUCGAAAUCUAACCUGUUAUCAUCUCCAAACACUGCUUCUACAACGGUAACUAGUGCGUUCGUUGACUCUAUGGGUCCCCAACUGGCCGCACCAAUGAUGCCUUUGGUUACACUACCCACCAACUCGUUGCCCGUAACUUCCAUCCCGUUAACGACAGCUCCAUUCUCGAUAGAAGCUCGAGAACGAACUGUUGUGAAGCCUAAGACCUCACUUCCGGUUACCAAUGAAGCUAGCAGAGCUCCUCUAAGUGAGGUUGCCACAAAUACUGAAGUUGUACCUACCACGAGUAUGGAUAGAAACAAUGGCGUUAUGCCGCCCAAAAUUCCGAGAGUAGCCGAUAUGGCCCAAGCGCCAAAUGUAUUGUCAGACUGUGAACGAUAAACACAUUCUCUUUUUUAGAAAACGAAACAAUGUAUUUCUCCUAAUUUUGCUUCUACGCAGCAUAUUUAUACCGUCUGCGGGUUAUUAUCGAAUCGAUGUCACUGUCAAAAUAACCCAGACAUAUUCGACGCUAUUUAGUUCUGGCGGUAUAUCAAACUUACAUUAAUGUAUCUUUUUGUUCCUAUCUCGUGAGACACGAGACAGAUCCUUGAGAAAUAGAACAAGAGGGCAGGCAAAAAAAGAGUCAAAGCCUGGCAAAAAGAUCAGCUUUAUAUGAGGGUCCUUGCCUGUAGUUUCGCUAGGCAGAACUCAGGUAUAAGGAAAAGUUCUCGUUUCCAAUUGACUACUAAUUCAGUAUACGGGCAGAGGACGCUGAACGAGCAUGCACCACGCGGGCGAGACGCUUCAGACGAUAUCAGCAGAGCCCAAGCAGAAUGACAGUGUAGGCGUAUUAGGUCCGUCCUUCUAUGUAGAACGCCUAGCUGGGGCCUAAUAGGUAACUUUAAAUAACUGUAGAAUUCAUUUCUGCUGGCAAGAUUCAUCCUUGAAUCACAAUAGAUUCAUAUAGUAUAUGUGUAAUAAUAAAACGAUAAUACUGACAUUGAUCAUAUCCAUAAUACAAGUAAUAAAAUUAUAAUGAAGUGGGCGAAUUAUGUAUUUAAAGCGUUAAAUCACUUUUCCGUCGUAUAUUAGAAUCGAAGCUUUGCUUGACAAAUAACAACAUGUUGCAUUUAAGGGGGUCUGUUUUGACUGGCAUAUAUUUUGGAUGUGAGUGAAUGAUAUUUCUGAGCUGGUCGUUGAAUCCUUUAUUAUUUCGAAUGUUGAGAAUGCGGUACUACUCUUUUUUUGCUGGAUAAUUUCUCCCACGGAGGAGAUUAGUAAACUGUUUGGUUUUUGGCUAAAAGAAGGAGUUUGUGUGAUAUUUGUGAACUGACUGUAUUCGCUUGUACAAACAAGUUUGGUUUCAGAAAUAUUCGGGCCAUUUAGGUAAAGGCGGUGGGUUAAAUUCCUUAAAUCUACAACAACGAAAAACUCAAGCAAAGUAUUCCCUUCUUCUUUUACGAUAAACAUUUCCAAGGUUGAACAUUUUUCCUACAAACUAUUUUGUCGUAUUUCUGCAAAGCUACCAAAUUCACUCUGGCAAAGCUCUUUUUGAGUCGUGAAAAUGGCGAGCUCGUAUGAGGGGAAAUUAAGUAAACACUUAAGUAAAUCUAGAAAUACUUACAUUUGCAAGAAUAUGAAAAACCGCGUCUCCAGCAAGUUCUGUUUAACAUCCAUUAGGAACUAUUGUUGCUGGUGAAGAUGUGUCUAAUGUCUUCUCUUUCCUUGCACAAAUUCUAUAGUAAAUGGCAAGUAACAAGA